AAAUUUCUCGCCUCAAAACUUUGUUAAAACAAAAGUUGAUCAAAUCUAGCUAAAAAAAAUUAUCAAAGUUCUUUGUUUUUAAUUUAAAAAAUCCUUUGAAAUAGUGUUUAAACUUUAUAAAUAUGGGCGAUGCAAAUAGUGACACCGAGACAGAAAGCACCGAAGAAGAAAUUGAACCAAAAUUUAAAUACAAGCGAAUUGCCAAUGAUUUGCAAGAAAUCCUUAAAUAUGAUGUUGUUACUUGUGCUGCUGUUCAUCCAAAGUUCUUGAUCUUUGGAAGCUACAAUGGACGUCUUUAUCUUUUGGAUCAUCAAGGAAACACUGUAGAUUCAUAUUUGAAUAAAUCUAAUUCAUUUUCUCAUGCGGUUGGCAUAAAUGAGAUAUCUGUCGAUUCCAAGGGCGAAUAUGUAGCAACUUGUUCAGAUGACGGCAAAGUUGUGAUAACAGGAUUGUUUAGCGAUGAAAAUAAUCAAAAAAUCAACAUUGGCAAGUCUGUAAAAGCAGUUGCUUUAGAUCCAGAUCCUAAAGUUUUAGCUGGCAAAAGAUUUAUUGUUGGCGAUGAAAAGCUUACAAUGUAUGAAAAGAGUUUUCUAAAAAAUCUUAAAUCCUCGACGCUGUGCGAUGCUGAGGGAUAUGUUCUGUCGGUCUGUUGGAAUGGUCCAUUUGUAGCGUGGGCUAGUUAUUUGGGAGUACGGGUGUAUGAUUUAAAUGAGAAAUGUUCCUUGGGUUUAAUGAAAUGGGAACAACCACAGAAUGCCAAAUUAGAGAAUUUUCGUUGCAAUUUUCGUUGGUCGAAUGCAACUACAUUACUCAUCGGGUGGGUGGAUACCAUUCGAAUAUGUGUUAUCAGAAAGAGAACAGUUUUAGGAAUUUCAACUCGAGAUGAGCCAGGGUUUAUUGUUGAUCCAGGUGAGAAUAAUAAUAAUUGGCAAAAUAGAUUGUAUUUAUCGAUUUGUUUUUAUGUUUUUAUUGCAGUUUCUACAUUCCAAACCAGUUUCUAUAUUUGUGGUCUGGCACCGUUGACUACAAAUCAAUUAGUGGUGCUAGGUUAUUCAAAAGAAAAAGAUAGCAAUAAGAAGGCUUUGCGACCAGUUUUGUGUGUGAUGGACUACAAGUUUAACAACAGUGAAGAAGUUUGUACGGAUAGUUUGUCUUUAAGAGGUUAUGAAGAAUACACAGUCAACGAUUACAUGCUGGGAUGCAUUAUUGAAGAGAAUCGUUACUUUAUCAUUGCCCCCAAAGAUCUAGUCAUAGCCAGUCUCUAUGAAACGGACGACCGUGUGCAAUGGCUUAUAGAACACAGAAAAUUCGAAGAAGCAUUAGAUGUAAUUGCAUCACAUGGCGGAAAGCUUUCUGUUGUUGAGGUCUCAAGGCUCUAUGUUGAUCAUCUACUAUCUCUAAAACAAUUCGACGAUGCAGCAAAAUUAUGCCUUCGUGCACUUGGCAAUAAUAAAGACCUUUGGGAAGAAGAGGUUUAUAAAUUUGUUGGAUUUCAACAAUUACGCUCAGUAAGUGCGUAUUUACCAACUCAAGAAGACUGUAAAUUAGAUCCACAAGUCUACGAAAUGGUUCUCUAUGAAUAUUUAAAAUUCGAUGCAAAAGGUUUUCUUAAUCUUAUUAAAGAAUGGCCGAAAACUCUCUACGAUACCUCGGCGGUAAUAAAUGCAAUUCAUGAUAAUUUUCGUAAAAACUGCGCAAAUGAACUUCUGGAAUGCCUCGCAAUAUUAUAUUCACAUCAGGAAAAAUAUGAAAGUGCCCUAACAAUGUAUUUAAGAUUACAAAACAAAGACGUUUUUGAAUUGAUUCGACGAAAAAAUUUGUACAGUGUCAUUCACAAAUUGAUUAUACCACUCAUCGAACUUGACAAGGAUCAAGCCAUAUCAAUGCUUAUACAAAAACAAAAAAUCGUACCCGAAAUUGUGGUCCAGCAAUUAGAACAAAGACAAGCUUACUUAUAUGAUUAUUUAGAUGCUCUCGAUAAAGUAGACAACAGUGGCAAGUUUCAUUGGAAGCUUGUCAAUCUUUACGCCAAGUUUGAUCGGGACAAACUUCUGUCAUUUUUAAGACGCUCGAAUAACUAUCCUAUUCAAGAGGCUUUGGAUAUCUGUAAGAGGGAAUUGUUCUAUCCAGAGAUGGUUUAUUUAUUGGGGCGUAUGGGUAAUACAAGUGAAGCCUUAAAUAUUAUUAUUCAUAAGCUUAAAAAUAUAGAAAUGGCAAUUGAUUUCUGUAAAGAAUAUGAUGAUUCUGAUCUGUGGAAUAAUCUUAUCGAUGAAUCUCUAGAAAAUCCAGAAAUUAUGACAACGCUGUUAGAUGGAAUCAUAGGCUAUGUAAAUCCAGAAGCUCUUGUUAAUAAAAUAAAAUUAGGCCAGAAAAUUCCAGGACUACGGAAAUCUGUGAUUAAAAUGCUCUGUGAUUAUCGUUUGCAGGUUCAAAUUCAAGAAGGCUGUAAUCAAAUAGUUCUUAGUGACUAUUUUGAACUUCACGAAAAAGUUGUCAAGAAUCAAAAUCAAGCCACACAUAUAUCAUAUGAUAAUUCAUGUGCCCGGUGCACGCACGAUAUUCUAACAAAAGACAUUCUCCCACGCAAUGAUUUGAUAGCUUUCGCAUGUGGUCAUAUAUUUCAUGAGACCUGCCUCCCAGACAGAUUUGUAGAUGAACGAUGUAGCAUUUGUACAGCACGAAAUGGUUGAAAAAAACCAACCGAAAGUAUGAAUAGGGAAAAAAAAACAAAACAAGAAGCUUGUAUACAGUGUGUAUAAAAUAAUGAAUAUAUAUUAUAUAUAAAUAAAUUAUUUUAGGAAUUUCUUACUCGCUGUAGUAUUUUUUUAUGAUAUUGCUUUUGAGUAAAUACACUGAUUUGUUUAUAUAUAAAGUAGCACUAAAUGGAUGUAAUGUGUUGAAUAAAUUUUUGUUUAAGUUUUUUUUUUAAAUAAAGUUUUGUUAUUUUUGUUUUUUUUUUUAUGUAUCACCACAAAAGCCUGUGUUUAACAUUUAAUUGCAAUCAUAGUUAUUUAAGCUUUAUUCAAUAAUAAUUUUAUAGUAAAUAUACCUUCAUACAAUUUAUGUUUUUUAUAUAAUA